UCGUUGAUUUAUGUAUCAGCAACCUGGAACCAUCUUGUUUAUUCUUAGGUCCAGUAAUGUGUGCCCCAUCACUGCAAUGCAAAGCCUGGAAGGGCUUCUGUUUUCCGAAGACGAACCCUGACGGUUGCACUAACGGAGACGUCUCCAAGGACGGCUGUGAGGGCAGGGAAUGUGCUUGCUGCAUGCCAAAAAAAUCAACUACCACCACAACCCGGCCCACUACCACCACCUCCACCACCUCCACCACCACCACCACCACUCCCCCCACUACUACUACCACCACGAUAACCACCACCACCACCACCACCUCACCUCCUACUACUACUACUACUACUACUACUACUACUACUACUACUACUACUACCACUACUACUACUACUACUACUACUACUACUACUACUACUACUACUACUACUACCACCUCACCCCCUACUACUACUACUACUACUACUACUAUUACUACUACUACUACCACCUCACCCCCUACUACUACUACUACUACUACUACUACCACUACUACUACUACUACUACUACUACUACUACUACUACUACUACUACUACUACUACCAGCACGAGUAGUCCAAUUUUACUUGAUUGCCAGUGUGGCGUUGAGAAUGGAGUUCGCAUCGUUGGGGGUGUGGAGGUGAGUCCCAAGAAUAAGUACCCGUGGAUGGUAGGUCUGGCAUACUUUGGUGCCACUUCUUACUCAUGUGGAGCAAGCAUCAUAACUAACUUUCAUGUCCUCACCGCCGCCCACUGCUUAUUCGAAAUAGAAACCAAGAUCCCUAUUCCCGCUAGUUCAAUCAUGGUGGGCAUCGCAGAUCACAAACAGUACUCAACGGAUGACGACGUCGUUGGUGUCACCGGUCUCGUUGCAAUUCAAAACUAUACAGUUUUCAGUAGUUACGAUCCAUAUGGUAAGGAUUUUGAUAUCGCAAUACUAACACUUAAGGAGCCGUUAAAUUUUACAUUCCAUCAAGUAGGGCCUAUUUGUCUCCCUAAAAACAACAACAACACAUACGCAGGAGUUCUCGCCACCGCUGUUGGAUGGGGCGAUACAAUAGAAAACGGAACUCAACCGGAUGUUCUGAUGGAAGUUCAGGUUCCCAUCAUCGAUCAGGCAUCGUGUGCAAGUAAUGUCAAUGGUUUGACAGAUAAUAUGAUUUGUGCUGGUUUGGAUGAGGGAGGGAAAGACUCCUGUUCUGGAGACUCUGGAGGACCCUUGUCUGUGGUGGAGGAUGGGCGUCACGUCCUGGUCGGUGUGACUUCCUUCGGACUUGGAUGUGCCCAGCCCAUGAAUCCUGGAGUGUACGCUAGGGUUACCGAAUUUCUCACAUGGAUAAGUGAAAAUACACAGAGUGGUAAAUACUGUGCCUAACCAUUUUGGCUUACAAAGUUCUCCACACAAUAUUAAAUUUUAUUGAAUACAGCAUGCUUUUUCAUAUUUCUUUUACAUAUUAAUGUUAUUGAGAACUGGAGUGCUGACAUCUGACCUGUCCUUCUGCUUGCUUGAAAGAGAUGAAAAACCAUUUUCUUGCAAAAGUAUUUAAUUGCUAUUAAUUUUGCUUUGAUAUAUUCACAGGUUAGAAUAUGAGUGCACUUGCGAGUACGUUUGAUUAUCAUAUUCAUCAGUGUUCAAUAAUAUUUAUUUUCACAUAAUAUGUUCGUAACACUAUUGUAAUAUACUAUCACAUACUGAUACCUUAGAGUUUUGUGAGUGUCAAUCUGUCUACUAUAUUUACAUUACCUUAAUAAUAAUAUUUUGUAAUCUAUUGUAUGGCAUGCAAAUAUAUAUUGAACCUUGAAA